GUGUGCAGUACCAAACCCUCACCCCCGAGUUCGCCGAAAAAGCCUCCCGGCAUCCCGACGUGGUCUAUGCUUUCGACAUUUCCACUCCACCAAGAAACAUCUAUACCAACCGGCCACCACUUUACGCCUCACAUCACACACAGCCCAACAAUGUCAACACGCACGCCGGUGCAGCGCUUGCUGCUGCAACACAACGGCACCACACCACUCACUGCCCUCCUCGCGCCAUACCUCCGGCAAUCAUGCUUGCGACACCAGCCCGCACGCCUCUUCAGCAACACCAACACCUGCAAUGCCGGUGUACGCAAGAAGAAGUCUUUUGCACCCCGAGAGACUUCUCUGAAGCAGCCGUCGCAAAAGUCAUUCGAGGUUAUGAAGAAGGAACAGAUGAAGAAUAUUGAUCAGAUGCCGAAUGAUGUCGGCUUAAUUCCUGGAACUUUCAUCAUGCCCACUGGAAACCAAUUACCCAGUCUUACACAAGACUUCAAGACACGCUACGCACUCGAAAAACACCGCAUCUGGCUUCGCAUGAAGGAAAUAUUCGGCCGCCACUACAUGGGCUACAUGCACGUAAAACCCCGCGCAGACUUCCAAACCUCCAAAAUCCCCUCCAUCUCAAAAGACCUCUACACUGAAAUGUACACGUCCUUUUCCCAAGGAAACCUCGCCCCCAUAAUGCCAAAACUCUGCGAAAAUAUCGCUCAGUCCCUGGAAGCGCGUAUUCACGCCCGCGGCCCAAAUACUGGCAUGAUGUGGUCCCUGCAUCAAUGGCUUGCCGAGCCCAAAGUCGUGUCUCACAAAUACAUGCCCAUGAGUUUGGAGGAUAACAAGGACAAGACACAGCAAACCACCAUCCAACAGGUUGUGGUGAGGAUGCAGAGUUUGCAGAGUUUGAAGAUGGUGAAGAAGGUCAAGCUGGGUGGGAAAGUGGUCGAGGUUAUGGAUGAGCAGAGUAGUCAGGCGAGUCCAAAGGCUGUCACGGAAUAUCUUGUUGUGCAGAGGUUGUGUAAGAGGGGUAAUAUGGGUGAUUGGAUGAUUUGGGGUACGACGACUGAGUCGGAUCCGAAUGAGGCUCUUGCUGAUGCAUGAGGAGACGGUCCCAUAGGCAUGAGGGGCUGGAAGCCACAACAUUUGUACAAUACCAUUUUCAAAAUAUACCACAUUGUAACAUAGCGAGAUAUAAUUCUACGAGCACAUGUUGACCAGCCCA